UGGAAUUUAAAUGGCAUCUCGUGAUUGUGUUUGACUCCCUUUUCCAUGACAGUACAAAGGGUUAGGGUAUAUUUAACGGUGUUGCUCAGUUUCCCUCUGAUUGGAAGUGAGAGAGAGAUGCUGUGCACCAAUAACAUUCAGAACUGUACAAAGAGAUCUACUCCCUCCCCCAUGCAGCUUCAGCACCAAACCCACAAUGCUCAGAGUGGGAGAAGAGUAGGUAAAUGGUUCAUAUACUCGGGGUAUAAGGAUAUAUCUAAAAUUUAUUUUUGACCAUGAACAGACGUCUUUUUAACGGAAUAUGUUACGCUCGCGGAACUUGGAUUUUGACUUUAUGUUCUCUGUUUUUGUGGAUUGGAAAUGAUGUAUUUUACUGAAUCAGGGAUGACAAAGACAAUGGGAUACCGAGACUGGAGAUGGCUGGCUCUUUGGUGGCAUCAUUUCUUUCUCUUGUGGAGUACAAUAAACGGACAGACUCGUUACAGCAUCCCAGAGGAACUGAAACAGGGCUCUGUGGUAGGAAAUCUCGCCAAAGAUCUGGGUUUGGGACUAUCUGAGAUUUUUGACCGUAAAAUGCGUGUCGCCUCUGAGGCUGGUGAGCAGUAUUUCACUGUGGAUGCGGGGAAGGGCGAGCUGGUGGUGAAUGACAGAACAGACCGAGAGGCUUUAUGCGGACAAAGCGCCAGCUGUGUGUUGCCUCUGCAAGUAGUUAUUGAAGACCCGCUACAGUUACACAGAAUUGAGGUUGAAAUAAGAGAUAUUAAUGACAAUUCUCCAAGUUUCCUUUCAAAUGAAUUAUCUUUAAAAUUAGCCGAAGUAGCAGCAGUUGGCACGCGCUUUCCUUUGGAGAGCGCAACAGACCCCGACGUGGGAAGCAAUUCACUCAAAUCAUAUACUCUUAGUAAAAAUGAAUGUUGUUCCCUUAAAAUAAAAGAGAUGGAGGGUGGUAAGACUGUUCCAGAACUUGUUUUAGAAAAGCCUCUAGAUCGAGAGAAAAAAGCAGUUCACAAAAUAAUUCUAACAGCGUUAGACGGUGGGAAUCCAGUAAGAUCUGGAACCUUACAAAUAACCAUACAUGUGCUUGAUACUAACGAUAACUUUCCUGUGUUUGAAAAAAACAUUUACAAAGUAACUUUGGGUGAAAAAAGUUUACAUGGGGCUGUUGUUAUAAAGCCCAAAGCAACAGAUGCAGAUGAAGGUUUAAAUGGUGAAAUUGAAUUCUCAUUUGGUUCUCGGACACCAGAAUCUGUAUUGUCACUCUUCGAUAUUAACCCCUUAACAGGUGAAAUCAUUCUGAAAGGAGAGCUAGACUAUGAAACUACCAACUCGUAUGACAUUGAUGUAUCUGCAAAAGAUAAAGGCAGCCCUGAAAUGGAGGGCCACUGUCGCGUACAGGUUGAUAUUACUGAUUUCAAUGAUAAUGCUCCAGAAAUAGUUUUCACUUCUCAGCCAAAGCCAGUACGCGAAGACGCACCAAGUGGCACCGUAGUGGCUUUGAUCAGUGCGCGAGACCUUGACUCCGGUGAUAACGGUAAAGUGACGUUACAACUCACCAAAGGUUCUCCUUUUAAUCUGAAACCUUCAUUUUCUAAUAAUUAUGCACUGGUUACAAAUGGUUUAUUAGACCGAGAAAGCUUCUCGGAGUAUAACAUUGAGAUAACAGCCAGUGAUUCCGGCUCUCCUCCUCUGUCCAGUAAGAAAAUUAUACCUGUCAGCAUCACUGAUGUGAAUGAUAACCCUCCUAUAUUCACGCAACCCUCCUAUAAUGUGUAUUUAAAAGAGAAUGGGGUACCAGGCUCCAUACUGUACUCAGUAUCAGCAUCUGACCUGGAUUUUGGUGAAAACGCCAAAAUCUCUUACUCUAUACUGGACUCUAAAGUGCAGGACGUUUCUGUCUCAUCUUAUGUUUACAUUAACUCAGAUAACGGCAGCAUCUACAGCAUGCACUCGUUUGACUAUGAGAAACUGAAGGUGUUUCAGAUCCAGGUUCAGGCAAAGGAUCAGGGCUCUCCGUCUCUCAGCAGCAACGCCACUGUCCAUGUUUUUAUCCUGGACCAGAACGACAAUGCCCCCGCUGUUAUUUACCCCUCCUCCGCUGCCCUGGGCUCCCUCUCUCAUCAGAGGAUGCCCCGCUCCGCUAAAGCAGGCCACCUGGUUACUAAGGUGACGGCCGUGGACGCUGACUCGGGCCAUAACGCCUGGAUCUCCUACAAACUGGCGGAGGCCACAGACGCCUCUCUGUUCACUGUCAAUCUGUACACAGGAGAGGUGAGGACUAAACGCGCUGUGUCCGAGCAGGACGACUCCUCUCAGAGGCUGCUUAUAGAGAUUCAGGACGACGGGGAACCGGUCCAGUCCGCCACCGUCACGGUGUCCAUCCUGCUGGAGGACGGCCUCCAUGAGCCCAUCUUAGACCUCCGACAGAAAGUGGCCGAGCCCAGCAAGAAAACUGGGAGAAUCACCCUUUAUUUGAUUCUCUCUCUGGCCUCGGUGUCCGUGCUGUCUCUGGUGACUUUUCUCGUCUUAGCGGUUAAAUGCAUGAGGAACAGCAGAAGCAGCGGUAGUUGCUGCAUGAGACGGAGCGACUGUGAUGAUUACAAGAACCCCAACAGAAACCUGCAGAUUCAGCUCAACACUGAUGGACCUAUAAAGUACGUGGAGGUCCUGGGAGGAGACAUGAUGUCUCAGAGUCAGUCCUUUAGGUCCUGUAUGUCUCCGAUGUCAGAGUACAGUGAUUUCACUUUGAUUAAGCCCAGCAGCACCAAUGACUUUAAGGAGAUGAUCAGUGUUCUGGAUGCGUCUUUACCCGACAGCACCUGGACCUUUGAGAGCCAGCAGCAAAAGCCCCCCAACAAUGACUGGCGCUUCACACAGGGACCGAGACCCGGACCUAGUGGACCCCACAUGCCAUACGGUACACACAUACGAUGGACGCCGAAGAGUGGGACAAGGGCAACUGGAGGACCUGAGGUUGCCAUGGGAACUGGCCCCUGGCCCCAGCCACCAACCGAGGCUGAGCAGCUCCAGGCCCUGAUGGCUGCAGCCAACGAAGUGAGUGAGGCUACGGCCACCCUGGGACCCGGCACCAUGGGCCUGAGCACCCGCUACAGCCCCCAGUUCACCCUGCAGCACGUGCCCGACUAUCGCCAGAACGUCUACAUCCCUGGUAGCACAGCCACCCUCACCUCCAACCCCCAGCAGCAGCAGGCCACGGCCCAGCAGGCCGCCCAGCAGGCGCUGCCCCCGCCCCAGGCCUCGGCCCAGCCCGAGCCCCCCAAGGCCGCCCAGACCCCUGCCUCCAAGAAGAAGUCCACCAAGAAGGAGAAGAAGUAGAGUUGGACGGAGAGAGGUAGAGGAAUAAUAAUCCUGGCCUGAUCUGAUGAGAAAUUCAACCCCCCAUACCCCCCCCAUUAGGUAUCUUACUGCUCUGCUGUCACUCAUGUUAGCCGCGGUCUAAAUAAUGACAGCAAAUCACUUUUGACCACAUGGACGUUGAAUGGAUGUUGAUGGUUCUUUGAAAGUGUCUUGAAUGUGCUGAAGGCUGUUGUUGGUGUUGAUAACCCGUGCUGUGCUAAAGGUCUAGUAUUGCUCACAUAAUCUUUGUCGUUAGAUAAUUUUGGCAGGGUAUGGGGGGUUAUUGUGAUGUAUUUUUUUUUUUUUUUUUUUUUUUGGCAAAAUCAAGAAAACUUGGACAAAGAGAUUCAGUGUAAGGAACCUUGCUUGGAUGACAAGGCUAUACACAGUGAUGUAUUCAGAGAUGAAAUGUUAAUGUCUUUCAUGUUGGAUUUAUUGUGCUCUUUCCCUGAGGUGGAAAGUCAGCUAUUGUAAAGUACGCUAGUUGCCAUCCAUUAGAUUCCUAUAUAGGGUCAGCCUUGCAGGGUCUUAAACCAUAAGUCUUGUGGAUAUAAGGCUGUUGUUUGACAGAUAUUAAAAAAUCUUCUGCAUGCUCUUUAAGGUUCAAACCACAUAUACUAGUUUAGAGUUGCAAAACUAUGCAUUGCAAAAGCAAAUAGGACAUCCUGAAUCUGUUAUCCUCACUCCAAUCGCAGGUCAAUAUAAUGCACAUGUAGCAUUUUUGACACAAAAUGAGAAUUACAUUUGUAAUUAUAGUUUUAAAAAAUAAGAUUUUAUUCUCCUGAUAUUUUUAUGACCUGAGCAUGCACCCAGAGGAAGGUUUGGCAGAGGGUGUUGUGUCAUGGAGUCACGAGCCAUGCAGGUGGUAUAACAGCAGGUACUGGCUUCUUGUAUAACACCUCCAGAUGGGCACAAACAUGUCCUGCUGCCCAGCACCCUCUACCCUCCCCUCCUCACACCCAUCUUGUGUCCUCCCCUCACUCACUACCCUAUUUUGAGAGCCAAACAAAGAGAAAUGCACUGUUCGUAUUGAUGAAGAUAAGAUGAUGUAGGGGUAGUAAUCACUUUAAAACGCAUAGAUGUGGUAAACUUACAUGCUUAGGAGUCUCUAGACACUUUGCAGGCCUCUAGGGUCUCGACAGAGUAUUACCCCUCACUAUCCUGAAGUGUUGAAGAAACUUCUUGAUGUGACACAGUAACAUGUUUUUUUUUAUCUUUGGGAGAUAAUGAGUCGAUAGCAUAGAGGAAUUGUUUGUAAAACAUAUGAAGUCUUUACUUUGCCAUCCAUCUGUCUGUCAGGCCUUUGGCCAGAAACAACCGCAUGAGAAAAGGCAGCUUGCAGGCUGGGUCAGGGGGGUGGAGGGGGUGUGGUGAGGGGUACACAGACUGAGGUGGCAUCAUUACAGCGACCAGGGGGUGGUAAAUAACCUUGGCUCUACCCACUGAAUGUACAGAGGAACCACUGUUGACCUGUCCACCCCUUAAACUUUCUCGAAUGCACUGACCCAGGUAGAGGUCAACAGAGCCAAGCACAGCUGUCCCUGUUGGUGAGGAGAUACCACUCAAGAGCCCUUUUAAAUAUCCCUCCUCCAUUGAAAUCAAUGGGAAAUCUUAGCCCCUCUACCACUCACCGCUCCCCUCCACUCCCUGAUCCCUUUGAGGCUCUUUCCCACUGUAAAUAAACACAAGUCCUGUCGAUGGUAUGAGCCAGUUGUUUGUAUAGUAGGGACCACGUCCAACAUUUUCAAAAUAAAAGUCCCUCUCCACAAGGCGUGGCUUACUACUGGAAUGUGUUGCAUUUUGUUUUUCAAGAAAAAUAAGAAAACCACAGUUAAAAAAAAAAAAGAAAUCAAUAAUGAAUAAAAUCUGAGAUGUUCUUCAACAGUUUGUGUUGCAAUGUAGUAACUAAGCACCAUGGAAGCCAACUAACUCAGUGUAAAUAAGUUAAAGACAACUUUAGAUAAGUAAACAAAGUGACACACGUAGACUAGUUAACUUGUGAUAUGUGUUGCGCAUAUUUUUGUGUUCAUUUUCUCUACUAUCUUUUAUCACCCUGUAAA